GCAGCGGGGGAUGGAGCGGCGCAAUGAUUGGCUGCGGCGUCCCUUAAAGCACGGCGCGGGGCGGGGCGCGGGGGGGGUCAGUGCGGGACGUGGCGGUGGAGUGGAGGUGGGAGGGAGCGGCGCCAUGACCCGCGGCAACCAGCGCGAACUGGCGCGGCAGAAGAACCUGAAGAAGCAGAGCGACUCGGGCAAGGGCAAGCGGCGGGACGACGGGCUCUCGGCUGCCGCCCGCAAGCAGAGGGACUCGGAGAUCAUGCAGCAGAAGCAGAAGAAGGCCGACGAGAAGAAGGAGGGCAACAAGUAGCGGGUGGCCGCGCCGGGCUGCCGCCCCAGGGCCGGUCCCGCCGGCAGGAUGCCCUGCGCCGCCCCCGGCCGGGUCCCGCCGGGACCCCCGGCAUCGCCCCGCGCCCUGCGGCGCCGUCCCUUAUUAAAGUAGCUGUGGAGCCCUGCA